AUGGUGUCCAAGGUGCAGAAGAGAGCAUCAGUGUCCAAGAAACUGCAAUCCCUUCGUUCCAUCUCCAACUCCCAUGCGCACAGUAAAACCUCAAUUAUAUUGGAUGCAUCCAAGUAUAUACAAGACUUAAAGCGAAAACUGGAGCAAAUGAAUCAAGAGAUCAUUGCCGCAGCGCGUAGCUCAUCUGCGGCGCAAAAUCCCUUCACGCAACUCAAAGUUGAGCCUCGAGAGGGAGGCUUUCUUAUCAAGAUGUUCGCUGAAAGGAGCUGCAGUGGGUUACUUGUUUUCAUAUUGGAAGCUUUUGAGGAGCUAGGCCUUGAUGUGCAUCAAGCUAGGGUUUCUUGUUCCAACAAUUUUCUUCUAGAAGCAGUUGGAACAAUUAAUGAUAAUCAAAGUGCUGACCAGAAAGAUGCUCAGGCAGUGAAAGAAGCGGUGUUGCAAGCCAUUCAAAACUGGAGUGAAGUUACCCAACAAGAAUAA